AUGUUAAUUGAUGACCUAAAGAAGAUGUUGAUUGUAGAACCUGAACAGUGUCUUGGAGGAUGGAGUCUUGUCAAUGCUGACCCUGUUACGGGAGAUCAUGACCGACAAGAAAUGGAUACAAUUUUGUUGCUUAGUCAAAGGGCUUUCUAUGUUGGAUGGUAUGAUGAAGAAAAAGAACAGGUGACGCAAUAUCAGCAAGUAUUUUUGGAGGAUAUUGAAAAAAUUGAAAUUGGUCUGGAACCUUCGAUAUUCAAGUCGAAAUAUACAUGCAUGCGAAUUCAUUACCACCAUUUUGCAGAAGAAGGGUUUUUUCACACAUUCCGUGCCCCGAGCACCCGCCUUUUUAACAAUGUCAUUGUGCUGGUCAAAAAUGAGGAAGAAGCUAAAGAGUCCCUGAAAGCAGUUUGUCACUGUUUCAUGGCUGCCCAGAGUAUAGUGCCCUUGGAUUUUGAAAUUAUUGAGAAACCAAAGCUUGAUCGAACCAAAACAAAACCUCAUCCAUCUGUGAUUAAUAUCAGCAAACAACUACAGGAAACUUCUCUUGCUGCAAUCACCCUCCCACGGAACAUCUCAGAGUUAGAUCUGAACGAAGAAAAUACCAAUGGACCUCAGAAAACUGAAACAUCCGUCACUUCUGAAAGGCAAACUAUAUCUAGUCUAUUUGACAUUCACAGAAACCCAUUCAGUUCAAAGAAUGAUGCUAAUAAAGCAGAUCUUCUGAACAAGAUAAGUCUUCCUUUAAAAGGGACAACUUUGCAAUUGCCAAAACUUAGCUUACAGAAUCUCAAUCCCAUGAAAAACGUUAAUCUAGGUGGUCUGCGAUUGCCAACUGUGUUUUAUUCUCCACUUGGAAACAAAGAGAGUGACAGUGAUGGUGAGAGCAGCGUUUGUAUUCAGACAGUUCCUGCUUUGAAUACAGAUGGGAAACAUUUGGAUGCAGUGCCUCCCCAGUUGUCAACAACAAUGGCUGCUGCAUCAACAGCCACCACAUCAUCAACAGAAGCCGAAACAACUGCCAGUGCAACACUUCUUGAUAUGACACAGGAUCAGAACAGUGAUGUAAUGUUUCGGAGCUGUGGUAUUCUAGCUACCAAUCCGAAACAACUACUUGUAUCCUCACUCAGCCUCUCAUCGGAUGUCGAUCCUGAUGAGUUUGGACCCGAUGUAGCCAACAUACUCGAGGAAGGUGAGUUAUCGAACGAGGCAUCUAACAUGCCAAAUGCCGAUGUGGACAAGCUGAGAAGACAGUUCUCUCGGACCGAGUUACUUGAGCAAAAGCAUGGGACCAGUGCCGACCACAAAAGUGAUGAAGGCAGAAACGAGGAUGAGGAAUUUAGCAUCAGUACCUCUGUGGAUACUGGUGAAGUAGAAGAGGAGUGUGAAAAUCCAGAAGGUCCACGUAGACCUCGCAAACCUUUACCCCUGAAACCAUCUUUUAGUGAUGGAGCUAUCAGUUCACAUCCUGAGAUAAAUCGACCAAAACCUUUGCUGAUGUUAGAAAACAACCCGCUGACCAAACUGGGAAUGAAGAUACAGUCAGGGAUGCGAGCAAUUCCAAGUCCAGUUCGAGCCUCCAAUAAGGAGACUGUGGAACUCCUCAAAGAACAAGUAAUGGAUAAGUUACAAGGAAGAGAAUGCCAAACACGAAUCAUUUUCAUCUAA